AUGGCUGGAAGCCAAUUUUUUCUGUCCUUACAAGCAAUAGCAGUUUUAAAACUCUUAGGUUCAUCAAAGGAGAAUCUUUUAUCUAUGGUUGAUCUCUGCCAUCAGUCAGAUGAUGAAGAUGAGGAAGAGGAAGAAAGCAGUGCCGAGAAAUCUUUGCUAGAGAAGACAUUUAAUGAACGGAAUUCAUUAAAUGCAGAUAAUCAUAAUCACAGAAGAUGUUUACCUUUCCAGUUGGUUCAUGUUCGAAGCCGCCAAAAAAUUGUUAUUUUGGCAACUCUUCUAGUUAUUGUAAUAAUGUUGGCUUGUGCUGUUAUAAUCUGGAUUAGGAUGGGAAAAAACCCUAUUGAUUCUACAGUGGUUUCUCGGGUAUAUGUAGAGGUUUUUGCAGGAGCAAUGCUUUUAUUAGCUGGAGCAUUAGCUUGUUAUGGAAUAUUACUAUGCCUGAAAAUGAGCAAAGUCAGAACUGAAAGAGCUUCUUCAGAGCUUUGGAAGGUUGCGGGUUUAGCUGUUGUUUGUGUUAUAUGUUUCACCUCUAAUGCUUUUGUGGCUUUGUUAACUGACAUUCCGAUGCUUUAUCACUGGCAUGACCAGGAAGUGAAUGGUGGUUGUAUAUCUCUUCUAAUUGUGUAUUACUUUGUAGGUUCAUCAAUCCCCUCAGCCUUUUUAUUAUGGGUAAUGAGAGAAGCACCACCAUUAAUAACAGCUUAUGUACAACAAGAGUUAGCUACAUUAACUUUCGUAAGUGAUAGUACAGCAGUAAUACCAAAUCCUCAGCACUGGACGACUGCGCCAAGUGUGAGAAAUCAGGCGGUGUGUUUUGCUUUAAUGGGCAUUGGCAGCUCAUUUCAUGCUCAAGAAACUGCCGUGAGUGGGUAAUUGGAGAGUCGAGUGUGGUUCUGGCCUUCGGGUACUGUGUGACUUCAGGCCAUCAACUAUAGAGGUUAACAUAACAAUAAAGCUUUUACUUGUGUUGCUUUUCUCGA